AUGAGCAGGCCAAUCGGCAGCCCUCGCCAACGUAGCGAGUCUCCUGCAGCCACUGCAGCCACCGCGUCCCGCAGUUUUGGAACCAGCUACAGGUCACAACAUGGAGCCGAUAGCUAUAUUGCCUCCAUUGCCGAAGAGUCCAUCCGGAAGGAUCUCGAAGAGAACGGAGAUCUGGAAGAUGACGAGCAGUUGGACGAUGAAGAAGUGGGUCUCAGCAGGACGACCACUCAAGACAAUGGCAUGCCACCGAUGGGCAGCCAUUCAAUGACGGGAUAUUACCGCAGACCCUCAUGGAUUGGUGUUUCGCCACGUCCGUUCUUGGGUUCACAGCAACCAGAGAGCGUCGUACCGUCGGAUUGGGAAGCGGCGAUUGGAGAAGAGAGGAGUCUGUUGCGGGAUAAUAAAAUCAUUCCUCCCAAACAUCCACGGAGGAGAGAAAGUGGCGACGAAGAAGGCGGUGGAAGCGGUUUACGGAAGGUGCUAAGCAUCUCUGGUUUCAGCUCGCGCAAGAAGAGCGUCCCGGCCCUCAGCGAAGAGGCGGAAGACCAGGUCACUCCAGGCGAAACGACUGCCCUCUUGAGCGGCCGCGACCCCAAUGCACCAUAUGGCGGCGAAGGUUCUCCUGAGAACGUUGCAAAGAUAUGGGAGGAGGCCGUUGAGAAUGGUCAGAUUCAGACCACUUGGCAAAGAGAGAUGAAAGUUCUCUGCCGGUACUCCGGUAUGUUGGAUGGAAGGAAUAUACAAUUGCGUGUGACGCAGGCACUGACCAUACCCCAGCACCCCUGA